AUGAAACUGUUUUUUACUUGCAUUCUAUUCGCUACCACCGUGACCGCUGACCAGAGCUUUAAGUACGAACAAAAACAUGGUUAUGGACUAGGCAGACCAGUUAUAUUGAAUUAUAGAAGAAUGUUCAAAGGCUAUCCAUACCCUGAACCACUGCCGUCGUCUACGAGUGACUACGUCAGAUCUCCGUACAGAAAUAUCUACCAGGGAAGCAGGAAUCAGCAAGAUAGACGCAUUUAUAACAAGAGGUUUAGAUAUGCAGCUAAGCCGACUGGACACCACAUGCAUUGUGAAGGAGUGUUUGAUUGUGUUAUAUCACACCUAGCGAUCGAAACGAAAGAAAACAUACCCAUUGUACUCCGAGGUGGUGUAGGAUACAGGUACUUCGACGUCAUUAUUAAAGCAGAUCCUUGGGUGGAGCUUAAUGGAAAGGUUACAGCCUUCUGCCCAGUAUGA